GGUUUCUCGAAAUUAUCCAAUCAAACUUCAAAACGUAUUCUUUUCGAGGCUAAUGCUGACCUACAUCUUCCUGAGCAAGCGCCUGGCAUGAAAACAAAACACACGAGGAAACAGUUUUUGCCAACAUUUUUUUUCACGAAUCUUAAAAAUGAGAGAGGGAUAAAGAGUUACGUCAUCUUGAUUUCUUACAUCCAGCCUCAUCAAUCAUUGUCGACCAAUGUGUUGGAAAAUGAGUUAAUGUUUAUUUUCAGAAAUGAUUCAAAAGGCCCUUGUUAUUGAUUAAAGUAGCACAUGUUGCACAUGAAGUGCUAUAUAUAUAUACGAGCUAUGCACGUGUAUGAUUUAGACAGCGUGGAGUCAUUAUGAUACAGACGACAUGGAUUGCACUUGUCCUGGGAGUUUGGUCGUCCCUGUAUUUACUGGACGCAUUUCUCAAGUCGCACAAAUCCUGGAGCAGACAUUAUAUCCACUUUUUGGAUAGGACUGGUCUGGCCAUCUCCAUCUGUCAGCUACGAUGGUAUUCCACAUUCCUCAAUCGCACAUUUCUGCGUAUCGGCCAGUGGCGCCCCAAUUUUCUGAAGGUAUGGUUUACCUGUGGUGUGGUGUUUGGACUCUUGGCCAUGUUGCUGUCCACGUUCCUGCUAACUUUACUUGUAAUCAACACCUUCCGGAAGCAGCCUGUGGAGCAACAAAUUCUCACCCCUGUUAUGCCAGGGAUAAACUUACCAGCCAGCCAGGUAUCUUACUACCUGCUAACACUGUUAGUGUGUGGCAUUCUACAUGAGGUGGGGCAUGCUGUGGCAGCCGUCAGGGAGCAGGUACGUGUGAACGGCUUUGGCUUGUUCCUGCUCAUCCUAUACCCUGGUGCCUACGUCGAUUUGUAUACUGACCAUCUACAGGUUGUCUCCCCCAUACGACAGCUCAGGAUCUACUGUGCAGGGGUUUGGCACAAUUUUGUCAUAGUGAUAUUUUCUGUGAUUAUGUUGGUCCUCCUGCCUUACCUCUGGGUACCUCUGUACACUGCAGGAAAUGCUGUGGCCGUCACCUAUGUUACCGAGAAUUCAGCUGUGUCUGGUCCACGUGGUCUCAGCGUAGGGGACCCCAUCACCAGUGUCAGUGGCUGUCAUGUGCGUAACCUUGACGACUGGACCAGCUGCAUCAGUUUUAGCAUGAGGGAGUCUUCACUUGGACACUGUAUGGCGAUCGACCUUGUGAAAAGUCUCGACACCAAAGAUCGAAAUUUAUCCAUAUCUGGCAAGUCAGAAGCUUUAGACUGUUGUAAUAGCACCAGCAAUACUCACCUGUGUUUUAGAUUCCAUGUCAAAACCUCCCCAGAAAAUUCGCCUGUGGAGCAGAAAUUUGCAUGCUUACCUGCACGAUCAACAACAGAUCGACCAAUGUGUAAGUUCCAGAGUGACUGCUACAUCCCCAAUGUGGAUAUGGUAUGUGUUUACCCAUCUGUAGACAACGACACUCGGCUGCUUCAGGUACACCAUGGCAGGAAACCUCCCCUCCUCUUCCUUGGUCAUCCCCUUGACCUGCACUACUCAGUGAGUCUGUCAAAUUUUGUACCAAGAUUUUCAUUUGUGCCUGUUGGAUUUCCUGACAUGGUGGAAACUUUCAGCAAAUAUCUGAUAUCACUGUCCGGAGCGCUGGUCAUCCUCAAUGUGGUGCCGUGUUACGCCCUGGACGGUCAGUGGAUCUGUAGUGCCUUUAUAGAACUGAGUCUACGCUCCACCAUCCCCGACAGGGACACACGAGGCAUCAUCUUCACUGUGAUACUGCUCUACGGUACAGGGCUUCUCUUCGUCAAUGUUGUCAUCGCCAUGUGGACACUGUUCUCCUAACACUGGCUGUACGGCCCAAUCACACAGCAGAACACUAUAGUCAUCGUUGUGAUCAUUGAUCUAACAUCAAGUUAUCACCAUCUGGAAACUUCUCCCAACACUGGCUGCAGCGGCCCAUCACACAGCAGACACUCUAAAAUCAUCGUUGUGAUCAUUGAUCUACACUCAGUCAUCACCAUCAGGACACUGUCAAAUGGCCACUGUUCUUCAUCGGCAGCGACUAUGCUGUUGGUCUACAGUAACGAUGUAUUGUGAUAUUUGCUUUGAUGCAGAAGUUGUGAACUGAACACGGGUCAGGUGCCCCACGACCCACACUAGAGUUAUGGCCCUUUGUUUAUAUUUCGAUAUCUAAGAUUGUCCAGAGCAUGACUUCCUUGGUAUGUCAUCUACAUUCACCUAACUCACUUUACUUACUUGCUGUCUAUUAUGUGAAGACUGAGUGCUGCACACUGAAACCAGGUCCCAUACUCACGUUCUGUACAGAGUUAUGGCCCUUCGUAAUUAUUUGAUACCGAAGGAUGCGAGUUGCACAUUAAUUUCACAUUUCAUGCAUACAGUUAACCUGUUAUUUUAUUACAUAUUUUCGUACCAAUCAAUUCUAUUGUUUAGUAAUAUAUAUUACUUCAGAAUUUAGUCAUUUAAUCCCAAAUAUUCACUCAGAGCUUGCAGUAAUAAUAAGUUUGUGAAAACUUUACCAGAAUAAUUUGGAUUAACUGUCUCACCUUUGAUUUUGUACAUUUCUUUUAAGACCACCAUACAUUUUUUUCUUUUUUUUGUCAUCUUUUUGGAGAGGUUUUUUAUGUUUAUAAAAGCACAUUCUACAAAUUAGCAAAACAGAAAAUCAUUUUUGAAGUUGUAUAUAGUUUCAUAGAUAUACAUCAACCAGAAUGUACCUCCAUGACAGGAUGAGAUAGGAGAGCGAGUGCUGUCUGUUGUGAUGUAUGAUAAUCUACUGUGUGAACACUGUGUUGCAUUAUAUUUUAAUUAGUUGUAAAAGAUAUGGUUAAAUGUUUGCAAUAUAUGUAGCUAGAAAUGUGUAGCAUUUAUCUCAUAACAACCAUAGGACUCAUUACUCGAAAACUGAUGGGCUUUUUUCAUGAUGAUUUCAUUUCAAAGUUUGCAAUAACAUCACGGGGCAUGAUGUUGCGUCUUAUUUCAAAUUUUAUCUCAGAGAAGUCAAACAUACAUUUAAUAUAGGUUAGGAGAAAUCCUGGAUAUUGUAACAUAAAAAAGUAAUGUGAUCUGUGGUAAAUGGAACAGUCAAUCUUGUGAGUUUAGUCAUGAAUAUAAUCUACUUGCUGAGGGCUUAUUCUUGAGAAUUAAUUCUAUGGGAUACAAAUUUGAAUCAUCCUUUAUUGGACAUGCUCUAUUUAUAGUGGGGAGCAGAGAGACUUAUCAUGGAUUAUCUAUGAGUGUAGGGGUCCAAGCAAUUGUUAGAAUUUGUAUAGUGAAGCAGGUAAACCGAUAUUGUUUGUGGAUAAAUAACAGAAAGUGCCUCCCUAUGCCCCACUUUGAAAUAUAUUUAUUUCUUGAAUAGCUCUGUAUAAACAUGACACUCGACAUAUACAAAACAUGACACUCAGCAUAUACAAAACAUGACACUCAGUAUAUAUAAAACAUGACACUCGACAUAUAUAAAACAUGACACUCAGCAUAUAUAAAAUAUGA